UUUUAGGAUAGGGGAAAGGUAUAAAAUUAGGAAGAAGCCAUAAAAUUGUCAAGAAAGCGAAAAGAGAAAGAAGCAACGGGGCAAAAUUCUUGUAGCACAGUGCUUGACUUUUCAUGGAUGGUCGACCACUUAAACCCCUAUAUUUACAGAUUUGAUUCCUUAUCAAACCCUAAUCAGAUUUCAAAAUAAAAUUUCAGCUCCACGACUUUCCUUCAUUUCUAUCUUCCCCUGGUAAACAAUCAAAAGAUGUUCCAUUUGGGGUGGAGAUUGAACCCAUGUCUGUGAAAGAACUUGCAAGACUUGGUGGCACUUGUUAUUCUUAUAUGUGGUAUUUUCUUUAAUGUAUCCAAAACCAUAAAUAAUAAAAAUUUGCUGGACUGUUCUGGGAAGAUGGAAUCCUUGUCCAAUUAUCGAAAUCAUGAUGGCUAUAUAAAAUGACAAGGAAGGACUAUUUCCAACUGAUAGUAAAAUGCCAUAAAUUUUGUAACUCAUGUACGUUUUCAUCUGUGGUAAAUUGUGAAAUAGAUAACAGCAGAAAGAAUGUCAAGGAGGCCGUCUCAGCGAAGAACUGAUUCUCAGAAGAGAGCUUUAGAAAGGUGCAAAUCAAAGGGAAAAGCCAAUAAUGUUAUUGAUAUUGACACUGACAAAAGCCCUAAUUUUAUCAUUAUUGAUGUCCCAGAAACUUCAGAAGGGAACUCUCCUGAUACUAGCAUAUCUGGAAAGGACAAAGUACAUGCAUAUAGGAACGUUAUUUGUAUUGCUGAUGAUGAUUUUGAAAGUGGUCAUUGUGGCUGUUCUCUGGAUGGUUUUGAAGGGGGUGGAAGUCAAAAUGCUUAUUUCACCUCAAGUAAGGGAUGUCUGCUUUCUUGUAAUCGGGGAAGGAAACUAUCCUCAAAGUCAUCUCUUUAUCACCAAAAAUUUUCCUCUAGUAUUUCACUUGAGGAUGAUGAUUCUGAGGAUGAUGAUUCUGAUUGUGACAUCGUGGAAGAUAAUCAAGGAAAUAUUCGUCAGCUGUGGGAAGAGGCUUCAUUGAGGAAGAAGAUGUUUGAGAAUGCCCCAAAACGUCAAUCUGUUUUUUGGGAUGAGAUGGGUCCUGCUGGGAUUAACAUCAAUUCUCAAACUAAUGUGGACAUGGAUAAAACAGCUGAAGUGCCAACUCCUUGUUCAACCUAUGGAAAUCAUGAAAGUGGUAACUUCAAUCCAUCAGCACGUAUUGAUGAAGAUGCAGGUGGUACUUCUAAUAAGUCAAAUGGAAAGAAUCAGCAUGCAGAUUUGGAAGAGACCAUCUGGAGUGAGAUGUGUAAAAGAUCUCCUGUUCGCAGCACUCAAGUAGAAAAAGAGACCACUUUCAAACUUUUGGCAAAUACUCAACUACAGGUGGAAGAUAAUCCUCUUCUAUUUAUUUCAAAUAGAGAUGAUCCAGCUGACGUCCAAAACUAUAUUAUUGGUGAUAGAGAAAUGCUCAAGAAAACUGAGGCUUAUAAACUUGCUCAAGAAGAAGAAUGGACAUCCAGACAAAGAGAGUUAAAAAGUCAGGCAGAAGAAGCCCAGCGUUUGCGCAAAAGAAGAAAAGCUGAAACUCUACGUCUAUUGGAAACAGAGAGAAGGCAAAAACAGCGGGUGGAGGAGGUUCGAGAGGCACAGAAAAAGGAUGAGGAAACUCUGAAUUUGAAAGAGCAGCUUCGCAUUGAGGUAAGGAGAGAAUUGGAUAAACUGGAAGCUAACUGUAGAGAUAUGGCUUCACUUCUUCGUGGCCUUGGAAUCAAUACUGGAGGUGGUCUUUACCCUUUGUCUUCUGAGUCUAAGAAGCUCGAUAGCAGGAAGAAAAGGGGCGGGGGCGGGUGAGGUGAAGGGAAUGAAAGUUGUGUUGAAUACUAUUGAUGCUGUAUACUCGAGUUCUGUUGUGUUGAAUUCCUUAAAAGAUUUGAACCCUUUUCCCUGUUGUCUUAUUCUUAGGAUAAAAAAUGUUGGCAGGUUGGAGUAAAGCUUGCUUUUAUCAGCAAUUUAACACACUAGCUUGGAAUCUAAGGCUGUAAAGUCAGUACCCUGGAUGCUUAGUGCACUUGGAUUUGAGCGUCAUUCCCAGCGAUGUGUCUUAUAACAGAACCGUCUGUAAAGAGUUGGAAAGAUAUGCGGAUUUGGAUCAUUUUCUUAGACAUGUUUUUGCUUUUGUAGCCUGCUCUUACUUUUGGCUUGCCUUUGCAAGAUGAAAACCUUGUCAUAUUCUCCUUCCAGAGUAUGGGUAAUGAAUUUAUAGAACAGUUAUUAAUGAUUA